AUGUGGGAUUCGUUUAUUCAUACAUUGUAGAGUGUCAGUUUGAUAUAUCCUGUCCACAAUAAGUCACUGUUAGAAAACUUUAUAACUGUACACCAAAUCGGUGCUUAAUUUUGUAGAUAAUAAAAAAAAUACACUUCCACAUUAACCACAAUUCAUAUGCAUGAUGAUGCUUGAAGAUGAUGAUGACGAUGUCGAAGAAAUUCAACCGGAAACAAGUCAGCGAGGACCUGGUUUUGUGGGAAUAAAGUUUUGUCAAGAAUGCAACAACAUGUUGUAUCCCAAAGAAGACAAAGAAAGAAAAAUCUUAAAAUAUUCGUGUCGUAACUGCGAAUAUCAAGAGCGAUCGAAAAACUCGUGUAUAUAUGUCAAUAUGAUAGUUCAUGAUGUCAAUGAGAUGACACAAAUUGUUGCAGACGUGGUUGCUGAUCCAACCUUACCAAGAACAAACGAUCAUCCAUGUCCAAAAUGUAAUCAAACCGAGGCUGUCUUUUUUCAAUCGCAAUCCAGAAAAGCAGAUCACAUGAGACUCUAUUACGUAUGCUGCGCACCUGAAUGCAACCACAAAUGGUCUGAAUAAACAAGACCACCACGAAUAUACAGAAACCACUACCAACGAUAAUAAUGGAAUGUAGAAUAACGAGCAAAAAAUGUGAUUUUAAA